UUUCGUUUGAGGCCUUUUUCCAACACACAUACUCAACAUUGCGAGUGAUGUUGAGAAGUUAGUUUAUUUAAACAACUUGACCGUAGAAGACGUAAAAGACGGCGGUUAUUUGUCCACCCGGCUAGUUUUUUUUUCCCGAAUUAUAAGUGUCGAAUUUCAUCAAAUAAACUCAUAUUAAAUGCGUUUGUGACGGCUAUUUCAUAGACUUAUGUUCGAUUUGUUUAGCUUUACGGAAAUAGUUACUAGAUCAAAAUUGUAACUUUUUACACGAAUUUUUCAGUGGUACACUCUAGUAGAGUUGUGCACUCGAUAGUUAAAUUUAAAUAGACGAAAUACAUUUUUAUGUUUAAUUGAAUUGAAAUUUUAUAUUGAGAAAUCAUUGACCCUAAUAAUAACUUGAGGAAUAUAGUCCAUAGCAUCGAAAAGUAAAUAUAAAAAAAUUGUUUUAAAUAAAAGUUUUCGUCGAGUCAGUGAUAUUUGUUUUCGAGUAUAAAAAUUAAGUUUAAACGAAAAUAUUGUGAAUUUUCAACAUAGAAAAGAAAAACCUUACAUUCAACAAGUUAACGAUACAUUUAGUGAACAUAUCUAAUUGGAUUACCAUUAAAACACAUCGGACAUAUUUCACGGAUUUAUUGGGAUUAAACAAAUAAAUUUUCACAAAAAUUUUUUGUUGUUGACACGUUCGCCACAAUUUAAUCUAAAAAUGGAAAUGUUUCAAGCAAGUUUCUGCAGCUGGAGCUAGGAUGCAGCAUGCGAGCUUUUUGUACCGUAAGCGCACCCUUGGAGGUUUGCGCACCACCAUCGAGACCGUUGCUACCGGGAGCACGAUUUCUAGCAUUGAGAUUAUUAGGAAUACCACAGCCUCGCACUCUUUACUUCCUGGUCGAAGCAAAAAGUCGCGUUCGAGAGGUGUAUACUCAAACAUGUCUUCAUUUUGCCAAACAGGGAAUGUUGGACACCGAAUUGUUCGGUCUAGCAGUGUUAAUAGACGGGGAAUAUUUAUUUGCCGAUCCAGAAAGCAAACUGUCCAAAUACGGACCAAAAAGCUGGCGAUCAUCUCACACUCACGGUCUAGAUGCAAAUGGUCGUCCACUAUUAGAGCUACAUUUUCGUGUGCAGUUCUACAUAGAAAGCCCAUUAAUGCUGCGAGAUGAAACGUCCCGACACAACUACUACCUUCAACUAAAAGCCAACGCAAUUUGUCGAGAAUUUCCGAAAGAAUGUCCCGAACAAAUAUUAAUUUUACUCGGUGGUCUGGCACUGCAAGCGGACUUUGGAGAUUGUCCGGACGAUAUGAAUACCGAAUAUUUUCGACUGGAAGAUUACAUUCCGCACCAUAUGCGAUCGUCGUGGGGUUCAACGGCUCUCCAAUCUUGCCAUAGAGAGUACCGAGGCAUGUCUCGUGCUGACGCUGAAACGAAUUACAUUCGAGAAGCAUGUGUCUUGCAGGAAGCACUCAACGCACAUGUUUUCCGAAUGAAAUUGAGCAAAAAUGAAAUUGGUGCUGGUUCGGUUUGGUUUAUUGUGUACGCUAAAGGUAUUAAAGUUUAUGGCGAUGACUUUCAACCAACAACGUUCCUAUGGCCAAACAUCAGUAAGCUCAGCUUUGAGCGAAAAAAAUUUGAAAUUCGUUAUGGAGAUAAGAAAACCAUUUUAUAUUCAGCGAGUGAUGAUAAGAACAAAAAUUUGUUUUCAUUGUGCAAAGACACACAUCAAUUUUCGAUGAAAACCGCUACAAGACUCAGUGAAGCUAUCCGACGAGAGGAAGAAGAAAGUAGUUGCUUACACUCUUGCUACAUGUAUUCGAGAAGCCUCAAUCUACCUUACAAAAAUAAAGGAGAUCAACGAAUAUCAGUUAUAUCGAGCACAAGUUCGAAUACAACGUCGGGCAUAGUAAGUGACCGAGUUCAUUCCGAAGAUGAACUGGAAAUCAUGAUAAAUACACCACCCGCAGUACCGGUAGCAGCACCAUCAACGGAGAGUUUAGCUUUGGCUCAUCUUUUGGAUAAUCCAAGCGUUAGUCGACAAACAUCGUCGGUUGGGAAAGUUUCCCUUUGCGAAGUUCACGAAUCAGUCGCUGCGUUAUCAAUUCAUUCAAAUUCUCGUUCAACGACUAGUGAACCGUUGGUGGAACAUAAACACGACUGCGGUGUCAAAGAUCCUACGGACACAGACUCACCGAAAUCACAACACAAUAUUGGAUCCCAGUGCUCCUCCACCUGUAGUACAAUUGUUGUUACAUCGGAAUCUACCACACUUCCAUCAAUUCCAACAGAAUCAACCCAAACUCGACGAAGAAUAUCUGCCACGAGCAGCUUGGAACUAGGCUUUAGUCAUACGGCACAAAACUCAACACUAAGCGAAACGGUCAACACCUCAAUUGACCUGAACUAUGCUUCGAAUCAUGCAGAAGAGGAAGAAACCAUGUCUGGGGUAUAUACUCUCGCUCAUCAAGCACCAACGGAAACGAGUGGUGUGUACACAAUGAGUAAUAGUGAAUUAACCGGUCAGUCAUCGGAGAUCGCUGAAUCAGAAAGCCAUGAAAGCUCUUACUACGGAAGCUUUCAACCUAAAAGCGAUAUCGAUACUGAAUCGGAAGCAACGAGGGAUUCAGUGGAUGGAAAUUUCAGGAAACGAAUGGACAGCGAUGCUAGAGACUUUCGAAUGCGCUCAGAUUCGAAUGUAAGCACGUCCGGCUCAUUUCGAGGGGAUGGUAGUGAUCCUUCAGAUAAAAAGCAUGUGCUGCUAAGUGCUGAAGAAUUAACUGACCUGAUAGUGGGCCGUGGUACAUAUCCGUCGAGAAAAACCGUUAGUGAUACAUUAGAUUCAGAUUGUGAUUAUGUAACUUUGCCAUUGCCAUUGGAUGGUGAAAGUUACUUACAAGGCAAUCAGGAUACUGCUCCAACUGAAGACGAGUAUGAAGAUGAAUUGUUGCCAGCUAAUCCACCAAUACCACCAAUUCGAGUGGACAGCAAUUCCCACCGAUCGUUUCCUAUACUACCUCCGCCAUAUAAUGCUCGACACGAAACAACUGGAAUAUGUGGACCGCCUGUUAAACGCAAAGAUGAUUGUCCAGCCAUACCGUUACGUGAUCCUCCGCCAUAUCCACAACAACCGAAUCGAGUUCCACAACCGACGCCAACACAGCCACCAAGUGUAGUUUCAUCUGAAGAGGCAGCCGCUCGGUUUAUAACGACGCGACCACAGAUUAACAUUCUAAAGGCUCACACAAGUGUUAUCGGCGAGAAUCCGAAGCCAAGUUUUGCUGCACCAACCGUGGCUAAUGUUCAGCAGUCGCACAUGCCUAUACCGACAACCAUUGGCAUUCCAAUAGUUCCAUAUCACAACAUUCCAGUGCAACACAAAAAUAUUUCCUAUCCGUAUCCGGACGGAAAGCCAAAACCACCAAGAACGUGUGUCCUCUUGCCUGUUAUCAAACCGAGACAAUAUCUUCCACCUCCACCACCGACCUUGCCAAGACAACCGCCGCCUCCACCGCCACAUCAAUUAGCUACUGUUUAUUCCAGUCAAUUAGCUCGAUCGCAAAUAGAAUUGUAUCAACAGCAGCUGUAUAGUGACGUCGACUAUGUAAUUUACCCGUUGCAAGAUCCAGCAGUUAGUCAACAAGAAUAUCUGGAUGCGAAGCAAGGUUCCAUUUUGGCUGCAAUGGCACAAAAUCCUCCACCAGCUCCGUAUUUAGCUUAUCACACCGGAAGUCAUCAUGGAACGUGGGAUUCAUGCAAAGGUCACGCAAUCUACCGAAGUACACCAUACCUAUCGAUGGCCUAUUCGACACACUCUCGAUACGCGUCAACUCAAAAUCUGUCCGACACUUACGUACAAUUACCUGGAACAUAUUCUCCACUGUAUAGUCCUUCGGUCGCCAGUUUAUGUUCAUCAUACGAACCACCACCACCGCUUAGACCUCGACCAUUGCCACAUUCUGUAAUAUUUUCAAGAUCAAAAUCGGACGACAACAUUUUGAAAUCGGUUGAGACAGUUCCGAAAGUUCGGCGACUUCCACCACCGCCUCCACCGCCAUAUGAUUACAAAAAACCAGUGAAGCCAAGCAAUAUGAUGACUCCAUUAAAUAAGCCGCUACCGAUUCCGCCUGUUCCAUCCAAGCAAACCACGUUAUCGCAUCAACAAACUACCGCAGCUACAAUAGCUGAACUAACGCAAGCCUAUUACCGUUCCCAGAACAUAAACACUACACCAGUAUCACCCACCAAUCAGAAUUCCUCCUCGCCAACAACCACCCCCACAACAACAGCUCCGGCCAACACAAUUGACAUUAACAUACUCCGCGAAAAAAGUAAAAACAUGGAUCUACCAUUAAUAUCGGCAUUGUGUAACGACCGGUCACUGCUCAAACAAACUAAAGCAUUUGUGAUGCCCAAGCAUCCGCGAUUAACAAUCAACCAAUGUGACAUGUCUCCGAAACAUGGUAAGUACCCUGUGUCUGGACUGAGUACAACACAAUUGGCAAAGCCACGAAAGACAUCUAUCGGCCAUCGACACCCGAACGAUAAAUUGCCAGAUAUACCAAUGCAGACAGCUGAAGGAAAUAAUUAUGUUAUGGAUCCCACACCGACAGCCAUUAAACAUAAAAGCUACCAUUCACAGCCUAAUUUAUAGUUGGAUUAUUUAUGGUGUGACAAAUUGUGAAUUAUUUAUCGAAACUGAAUGGUCAGGACCAUUUUUGAGACGUUAAGUGUUGAGUGAUUUGAAUUUAAUUAGGAAGACGAUUUAUUGAAUUAUAGUUACAGUGCGCGGAAAUUGAUGAGAUUGAACAUUUUUCUCACUUUUGUGCGCGUGGUGAAGAGUUCAACUGUCGAAUUAUAAAUGAGCAUAAAAUAAGGUUAAUUUAUUCGAUCAACUGAAAUGAUAGUCAGACUUCCACUGACUACACGUAACUGUGCAUUUGAGAAUAAAUGUGAAACUGAACUUAUGCGAAUUAAAUUAGUUUUUUAGAACAACAAGAAAACUGUGUACAAACAAUUUCAAUUGUCUCAAAACAGAAUAAUAAACUGAUAGAUGUAAUGCGGACUAUUAGUUUAAAAAAAAGAAAAUGCAAAAAAGAAUUAUUAAUUUUUAAUUCGAUUACAAUUUAGGUAUUUAAGUAAAACCGUUACUCUUAAUUAUUAUUAUCAAUUGUUUAAUGUUUAGCACACGAAAAUAUUUUUUGUUUUUAUUUUAAUUUACUUUUAAGCUUUUAGUAAUUCGAGUAAACUAUUUUCUAAUUAAAAA